AUGCUUCGAAUUAAACCUAGCUUGGAUUCCAUCGACAAUCGACAACAAUUGCAAGAGUAUGUACCACUCAAACAAGUAAAUAUCGAUGCAACUAUGAAAUCUUUUGCUGCCAAUGUAACUAUCAAACAAGUAUUUCGCAAUGAUGAGACUAUACCAAUUGAAGCAGUUUACUGCUUUCCAAUCGAAGAACAAGCAGCUGUCUACGCGUUUGUAGCACGCAUUGACGAUCGAGAAAUUAUUGCGCAGCUGAAAGAAAAGAAUGAAGCUCAGAAGGAAUAUAGUGAUGCUCUUCGACAAGGUCAUGGUGCCUAUUUACUUGAACAAGAUGAAAAGUCACAAGACAAUUUUAUCAUCAAUGUGGGCGCCCUACCACCUGGAAAAGAAUGCUGCAUAACGAUUUCAUAUGUCUCUGAACUGGAUCUAAUUCAAAAUGGUCGAACGAUUCGAUUCGUUGUUCCGACCACUAUUGCUCCACGUUACAAUCCGAAUCAGGGUGAUAUCAGUUCUCCUGCUGGAACCACAUCGAAAUAUGUUCAAUUGAGUCCUUAUACUAUUGAAUUUCACUGUCGAGUGGAUAAAAUUGGAGUUUCACGAAUUAGUUCAUCAUCUCAUUCGAUUCAAGUUGAUGUCGGACAACAGAAUGUUUAUGUUAUCGAAUUCGCUCAACAAAAUACUCAUUUAGAUCGAGAUAUUCUUCUUGAUAUUGACUUGGCUGAAAAUCGAUCAAAUACCGUUGUUGCUAUCGAACCGGGUGCUGUUAUGGCUUCAUUCACUCCAACUGAUGAGGAUUGUCGACGUUUAAUGAACAAUACAACAAUAACCAAUGAAUUUAUGUUUAUUAUCGACUGCAGCGGAUCAAUGGAUAGUGAGAACAAGAUUGGAUUGGCACGUCAAGCCAUGAUUCUCUUUCUCAAAAGUCUUCCAGUUCAUUGCCAUUUUAACAUUAUCCAAUUUGGAAGUAAUUAUCAAACAUUGUUUAAUGAGAUUACGGCUGUGUAUAAUGAAGAGAAUGCUCGAAAAGCUGAACAACUAAUUAAUCAAAUGCAAGCAAAUAUGGGUGGUACCGAAUUGUUGAAACCAUUUGAAUGGCUACAACAACAUUCACCAAAACAAGGUCGAGCUCGACAAAUCUUUCUUCUAACUGACGGUGAAAUAUCCAAUGUCAGUGAAGUGCUGGAUCUUUGUCGUUCAAUGUCAACGUUUGCCCGAAUUUUUUCCUUUGGUUUGGGUGAUUCACCAAGUCGUUCACUUGUCAAAGGUCUCGCACGAACAACCAAUGGUCAUUUCGUUUUCAUUCCACCUAAGAGCAGUGUCGAUGUUUAUGUUGGCGAACAAUUACAAAAAGCUCUACAAUCUUGUAUUACUAAUGUUCAAGUCAAAUGGAAUUUGGGUACAUCAUCAAUAUUGAGUGCUCCAACAAAAACGCCACCAGUCUAUGCCAACCAUCGUCUCAUUCUUUAUGCAUUGACAGAUGAUCAAACUUCGACAUUCGAUCAUAAUUCCAGUGUUGAAUUGUAUAUAGAUCAACAUCGAUUGGGUGAAGCAAUAGUCGAUUGUAUACCACAUGUAAGUAACACGGAUACCAUUGCUCGACUGGCAGCCAAAGCACUCAUUAUCGAAUUGCAACAUGCUAAAAUUCCAGAAGAAAAUGUGAUCGGUUCGUUACAAACUCGAUUUGAACAUCUUGCACCAUCAACAGCAAUCAACGAUGAGAAAGAAAUGACGAAAAAACGAAUCAUCGAACUGUCACUUAAACAUCAAAUUCUUAGUCCAUACACAGCCUUUGUCGGAGUGGAAAAACGGACCGAUGCAAGCAAUGCUGGAAUGAUUCUACGUGAAGUGCCUAUUCAAAUCUCAGCCGAUGAUCAACACUUACAAACAAGGCAUCAGAUUAAUGCUUAUUAUGCUCCAAGUGCGAUAGCUGCACGACGAAGAGCUUCACCAUCGCGCAGCUUCGAUAAAUCGCUCUUAAUGAUGUGUAUAAACCAAAUCAGUUCAUCUUCUAGCGCAGCAUUGAAGCCGAUCUGUCGUGAUAAUUGUGUUCGUUACGUUCAAGGUUACGAUAUCACCGGAGUAACAAAUACUGUUCAGUACACAUUCAAAUUAAAUCAUAUUACGAGUGCAUGUGACUGUUAUGACAAAUGUCGUCAAAAUCCAACAACGUGCGCUAAUUGGGUGUGGAAAUUCACAAAUAAUUCACCUAAUCGCACUUGCACAAUAUAUUCAAAUUUUAAUCUACCUUCAGCUGUAAGAAUUGGCUUCAAUUUAACCACAUCGAAGAUUGGUAAUUUCGGUGGUAACCCGCUACAAAAAGGUGGUCUUGUUCCUCCAUGUCAAUUUUACAACAAACAGGGAAAACCUUAUGGUCAUGACCAAAAUUGCAUCUCUGGACCACUCUGGGCUAUUGGUACAAAACAAUUUCUGUGUUAA